UCCUUUUACAUCACACAUGGAAGAGAAACUGGCCAUGGAAACGCCGGACUUCGCGAAUUUCCUGGAUCAGUCAUUGGACGCUCUGCGCCAGCACCUCUUGGAGCAUUUCUCGAAUCCAAAGGCGAUCGAGCCGGGCAGAAGGCUUCAGGAGUUGCAGCUGCAACUGCAAAGACUCAGAGGCAGCAGACCGCAUUGUGGUCCAGUGGCUGGACCCUCCGACGAAGAAUCUGAGUAUCGAGCUGUGCUUGAGAGCACAAGCUCUGUGCGCUUCCACGAGAUCCACGAAACCAUUGAGGAUCCAAUUUUCCCGGAAGUGCAGCUCGAGCGAGAAGUUUCUCCUGAGGGCAGGAAUGAGGAUUCGGAUGAAGAAGACACUCUUCCACAUGGCGAUUCCUCCUAUUUGCUUUCUGACCUUGAAGAUCUGAGCCAGGUAGAGCAGCGCUCCAUCAAGCACCGCCUCCGGCUCCGUUUGGGCCACGUCACCAAGAACAAGCUGGUCUCCGGGAAGUCCUUGCACGGCGCAAUGGUCUCCUUGGGCCUCACUCGCUACGAGGAGCAUGAAAUGAAUGACUUCGUGAACCAUCUGGCCGCAUUUGUAAAUCUCGAAUUUGACACCAGCGACAAAUCCAACUCCUGGAGCGCGGGGUCCCUGUUCUCCCUGAAGUUUGCCGGCGAUGUGCGCGACCUGGAGCCAUCCUGGACAUGGCCGCAGCUGGCUUCCCCUGGGCACCUGCACCGCGAGUACUCCAAGGCGAGCUUCAAGGCGCCGGAAGCACCACUCAACUUCGAUGUGGUGCCUGUCCAGGCGAUCAUGGAGGUCUUCCUCGCGCGGGAAGGAAAGAUUCACAAGCGGAUCUUCGGGCCAAAGCUCUUGAAGCAAUUCAAGGCCAUGAAGGAGGUACUCCUCGCGGGUGAUACGAACCGACUGGUGGCUGAACUUACAUUUGUGCGGCUGAAUGACCUGGCGGCUCCACCAGAGCCGAUCCACAUCUUGAUGUACUUGGAGCCCUUCAUUGCUCUCCUCAUCGUGGCGAAUGGUAUCGUGAUCGGCUUUCAGACAGAUCCCAACUUCGAUAGCUGGGAUGGUUGGAUAUACAUCGACGUGACCUUCGCUGGUUUCCUGGUGCUCGAGAUAUUGAUCCGCUUUGCCGUCCUUGGCUGCUGCGAGUUUUGGCGCGGAUCAGAGCGCGUGUGGAAUUUCUUCGACAGCUUUUUGGCAGUGGCUGCCAUCACAGAUAUCAGCUGGCAGCUCUCCGCAGCAGAGCCUCCAGACAUGGCUGGUACUUUUCUUCUCCGUUUCUUCCGACUCGUUCGCCUGGCGCGCAUCGUGCGGGUGUUCCGGCUCAAGGUGAUGAAGGACUUGCGGCUCAUGGUGAGAGGACUCGUCGCAGGAAUCUGGACACUUUCCCUUGCCUUCACGCUUCUUUUUGCCGUGCUCUACGUCAUCGCCGGUUUUGCGAACAUCGCCAUGGGCGGCAGUUCGAAACUACUGGAGCUGGGACUCACCAAUUAUUUCUACAACAUACCAGUAUCAAUGUUUACGGCCUUCCGGUGCUUUACGGGAGAUUGCACGAACGGGGUCGGUCAUUCAAUUACGACCAUGCUGACGGCUGAAUUCGGCCUUCCGUUUGUUUUAGGGUACAUUGCCAGCUAUAUGCUGGUGACCAUGGGCAUUUUCAACGUCAUCCUGGCAGUUUAUG